GACCGGUGGGGGGUUGGGGAGGGUUUGUCGUUGUUGAGUCCCGUUUGGCGGCAGCUGUCGCUCCGCUCCCUCGCUGCAAGUCCCCGGCAGGAGAAAAGGGGGAAAAAAGAAGCAGAAUUGGGAUUUUUUAAAAUUUUAAUGUUUUUUAAAGAAGGAGAAAUCCAAUUAGAACUUUUCAACUUUGAGAAAGAGCCGUGGGGAUAAAUAAGGAGCGAACAUGACGGCGGGGGAGAGUCAACCCGGAGCGAGUAGCGAGGACAAGAACAUGUGCUUAAUCAUCAGCCAGCUGCGUGAAAUCACAGGGAUUCACGACAAUCGACUGCUGCAGAAGGCACUCCAGGUCAGCAACAGGGACAUAAAUCAGGCAGUGAGCUUCCUCACUGAUGAAAGUGCCAGGGAACCGGGUUACAGAGCAACAAGCAAUGAACCAGAUAAUGAGUCCAGCGGAGCCACAGGCAACCAGUCACAUGGGAGUGUCAUUGACCUCACUAACGAUGAGAAGGCAGACCUCCAGAAGGCGAUUGCACUGAGCUUGAGAGAAAGCGAGAAGUUACAGAAUGAAGCAGAAAUUGCGACGGAGAAUCAGGACACUAACCAAGCGGGUGACACAAAUGCAGGUGAGAGUAAAGCUGGGUUGAAAAGGAAAAGAUGCGAAGUAUGGGGUGAUUCUCCCAACCCACAUGAUCGGAAACGUGAGGAUAAAUGGCCGGUGGGACUCAAGAAUGUUGGAAACACCUGCUGGUUCAGUGCAGUAAUACAGUCCUUAUUCCAACUACCUGAAUUUCGACGGCUAGUGCUGAACUACACAGUGCCAGAAAAUCCACAUGAAAGCUGCAGAAGUCAUGCUGAGCAACGAAACUUGGCAUUUAUGCAAGAACUGCGGUGCCUGUUUGCCUUGAUGGUUGCCUCCAAGCGGAAAUACAUUGAUCCAUCAAAUGCAGUAGAUCUCCUUAAGGACGCAUUUAGAUCAAGCGAAGCACAGCAGGAUGUGAGUGAGUUUACUCACAAACUCCUGGACUGGUUGGAGGAUGCGUUCCAGAUGGUAGCAAAUAUGAAAAAUUCACACAAAAAGUCACAAAAUCCAAUGGUGGAACUCUUCUAUGGAACGUUCUUGGCUGAAGGCAUUCAUGACGGCAAAAUGUUCUCUAACAUUGAAACAUUCGGACAGUAUCCUCUGCAGGUUAAUGGUUUCAACGAUCUCCACGAGUGCCUGGAAGGAGCCAUGGUGGUUGGGGAGAUAGAGACACUGCACUCAGAUCAGUCGGUCACAUCUGGUCAAGAGAACUGGUUUACAAAACUACCUCCCGUAUUGACUUUUGAACUCUCUAGAUUUGAGUUUAAUCAGUCUCUGGGUAGACCAGAAAAAAUUCACAAGAAACUGGAAUUUCCUCACAUCAUUUAUAUGGACAGGUAUCUACACAAGAACAAGGAACUUACACGCAGCAGAAGGGAGGAGGUGAAGAGGCUGAAGGAUCAGUCAACUGUCCUACAGCAGCGACUGGAGAGGUAUAUGAAUUAUGGAUCUGGCCCUGAACGUUACCCCUUGGCAGACAUGCUACAAUAUGUCUGGGAGUUUACCAAGACUAAACCAUCAUGUGUGCCCCCCACUCAGGAUAUUGUGGGCACACAACCAAUGCCGGCACCAAGACCUCAUCCUAACACUAAUGUGGCAUCAGCGAUGCAAAUCAGCCCUUCAGAAUCGCCGAUUGCCGAGGCCCCUGAAACUGCAAGUCCCCCGAGCACACCCCAACCACAACGUGCAACUGUGCACAAGCCUUUCACCCAGACCAGGCCUCCCAUGGAAAUGCCGGCACACCCUGCACCCCGACACAUCACAGCAGAAGAGCUCAAAUUCUUUGAGAGCUGCCUUCAGCGUUGGAGGGCGGAGGUUGAGCGUGAUAUUGCAGAUCUAAAGGACAGCAUCUCACAGAUCACACAGUCAAUUGAACAGAUGUAUAUGGACAGCUUAAUGUGUCAGGUUCCUUAUCGACUUCACGCAGUGCUUGUGCAUGAAGGUCAGGCUUCAGCUGGCCAUUAUUGGGCAUACAUCUAUGACCACAGCCAGAACAUGUGGCUCAAGUACAACGAUGUCUCAGUAGCAGAAUCAUCAUGGGAAGAGCUGCAGCGAGAUUCAUAUGGAGGGUCGCGGAAUGCCAGCGCAUACUGUCUGAUGUACAUCGAUGAUAAUUUACCACAACUCAUUGGAGAGGACACAGAUGUGGAAACUGGACAGAUUUUGAAAGCCAUCCAUGCCCUGCCUCCUGAACUCAGGCAGUAUGUUCGUGAAGACAACCAGCACUUUAUGCAAGAACUCGAUGAGUGGAAUGAGGAGCAGGUUCGAAAGAUCCCGCAAAAGGAACUUGUCCCCACAGCAGAGGUUCAGGAGCCUGUGGUCGCUCUUAAAGAAGAAGAGACUGUAGCCUGCCAGCAGAAUGCAUGCUCUGCUUCUGCCAAGCAUGCUGUCAUGGUGAAGGAGCAGACCGCCCAGGCUAUUGAGAAAGCUGCAACCUCUUAUGAGAACGCUGGUGCAGAAGCUGCUUUGAAGGAGUCAGAUACAGAGCAGGAAACCAGGGAAACUGAAGAGAAGACUGAGCCUGUGCCUGAGCCUGAGUCUGAGCAUGAGCCAGCCAGAGAGCAAGAACAGCAGCCUGAAAGCACUGGUACCCAGAUCUCUGAGGUGGAGAUACCUAAUGUUGGAAAGGUUAUAGUUCGACAUGAUGCUGAUGGCUACAAUGAGGAGGAAAUGUUAAGUCCGGCAAUGCAAGGCAUCAUCCUGGCUAUUGCCAAGUCCAGAGAAGUCUAUGAUCGGGAUGGUGCUGAGGCAGGGCUAAUUAAGGCAUUCCAUGAAGAAUACUCACGACUGUUUGACUUGGCCAAGGAUAAACCAACACCCCAGAAUGACCCUCGGCUCCAGCACGUCCUCGUUUACUUCUUCCAGAACAAAGCUUCCAAGCGGGUGAUCGAGCGGACGCUCCUGGAGCAGUUUGCAGAUAAAAACCUCAGCUACGAUGAAAGGUCCAUAAGUAUAAUGAAGGUGGCACAGUCAAAGCUCAAGCUCAUUGGACCCUCCGAUAUGGACAUGCAGGAGUACAAGGAAUGGCACGAGGACUACAGUCUGUUCCGGAAGGUUUCUGUCUAUCUCCUGACGGGACUGGAGUGCUAUCAGAAUGGAAAAUGCCGUGAAUCUUUGACUUACUUGGUCCAUGCGUACCACAGCAACCUGAAGCUAUUGAAGAACGGGAAGAACCGAGGGAUUGAUGAGACACUAAUUGCAUACUACAGGAGAAAGUGCCUUUUGGAGCUGAAUGCCUGUGCAGCAGACUUGUUUGAAAGUGGUAAUGAAAAUGAUGUAGCAGAAGGGUUGAGCAUAAUGAACGACCUGGUCAUUCCGUGCAUGCACCUGAUAGUCACCAAUGAGCUCUCCAAAGAAGACCUGGCUGCGGUAGAGAUGAUGAGAAACCACUGGUGUUCCUACCUUGGCGAAGACAUGGAUUCGCGACUACAGGAGAAACUAACCGAAUUCCUCCCGAGGCUUUUGGACUGUUCUGCUGAGGUUCGAUUCCUAAGAGAACCACCGAAAAUCCGGCCAAACUCGCCCCAUGACCUGUGUAACAGGUUUGCUGCAGUAAUGGAGUCAAUUCACAGCACAUCACCUGUCACAGUCAAAUAGCUGCUACUCCACCGGAUCAGAACGCACGGUUGAAAUUUUGAACACUGGACCCAUUGAGUUGUGUGGUCUUUGAGUACCAAAGCCCUUCACAAGCAUUGAUCCUGCUGUUAAUUGUCAAUCACUGUUAUCUGCUACAUCAGGACGGGGGGUUGGGAGGGAACAGAAUAGCAAUGGUUCUGUGAAAUAUUGCGUGCCUUUAUUUACAUGUGAAUUUUUACUUCGUAUUUGUUGUGCAAUAAAAACACUUUCUGUUUUAA